CAUUCGUCCCUGAUAAACUUGAUGGGAAGCCCAGGGAACAAAUAGAUCAAAUGCUCAAGACUCCCUCAACACUCACCAAAUCAACACUCUCUCCACUUAAUAAAGAGAGGACUGACCACCUCCUCCAGAGAUGUGCUGAAUUCUAUUUGUCUCGUGGGAUUGUAGUCAAAGCUUGCUAUGAGGAUUUUGACAGGCACAAUAUGGGCUAUGUCACCUUUAGUCAAUUUCAUCGUAGUUUCCCUGGGCCGGUUGAAGUGACUGACACAGAGAUAUCAAUGCUAGCCCGUCGCUAUUAUGAUCCACUGGUCAAACUGUACAAUUACUAUCGUUUCAAUGACGAUAUAAGGAGUAUAUGGGAAAGGGAAGGAGGCAGAGGAUCUGCAGUGAAACAGCAAUCAUUACUAUCCCCUGUAAAGGAGGCAAGUAGCAUACAAGAUAUCAUCAAUCAAAUUAGGGAUACUGUUUACAAGUAUGGGAUCAGGACUACAGAGUUUUUCACUGAUUUUGACAAGCUUCGGAGCGGACUUGUCACAGAGAACCAGUUUUUACAAAUAAAGUUUUCAAAUGAAAAAGAAAGUCUUCUGAAGGAAAAAACAAGAGCUGAUAGACUAGAGGAACAAAUUGAACUAAUGAAAGAAGCUAAUAAUAUACAAACCCGCUCAAGGAGAAGCUAUUCUUAUUCUUCAUCUCAUCAUUACGAUUCCUUUCCGUCUAAUUCCGAUUCUUUUUCUCCUCCUCCAUUUGCCCAUCAAUCAGUCAGUGAUUCUUCAUAUUUCCCUUUUAAUCCGACCCCAUCACCCUCUCCUCACAUCAGCGAAAGAAGAAAUAAGCCAAGAAUAGUAAAAGAAGAUGUUAUCAGCCGAAAUCAUGAUUAUACCACCAGCAUUCCUUCUCACAUACGACCACAUCUCAGUAGAGAAGAAAUGUAUAGAAGAUUUGGAGGAGGUCAAAUGAGAAGAGAAGAAUAUGAAAGACCAAGAGUCUCACCAGCAUAUACCAGUAGCAUACCUAAAUCUGUUCAACCUCAACUCAGUGAGGAGGAAAUGAAAAGCCGUUUCAAACCAAGAGUGUCACCAGCAUAUACUACCAGUAUACCUGAUUCUGUUCGACCUCAAGUUAGCGAAGAGGAAAUGAAAAGGCGUUUCAAGAACCGCCAGCAACCAUACAACCAGUACAGGAGGGAAGAUAGUGAGGAGUACUGGAGAGUUAAUGAAGAGACGGACCAAGCCUUGCUUGAAGUUGAUCGUAUUAGAAAGCAAAAUCCCAUUCAUCCUUAAACAACACAUUAAUGGAAAUGAAUAAAUUUAGUGUGAUGAUAAAUGUAGACCUGUAAUAUUGCUAGAAUGCAAAUGUACAUGUACAUAUACAUCUUUUUGAUACUAGUACUACUGCAAUUUUAAUUUGCUUUUAUAAUAACAGCCUGGCACACCUUUUCUGUGACACACCUCCUG